UCGCGACUUUAGUUUGGCGAUCAAAGCGCUUUCGUAACUCUCGCGACUCGGACGUUUCUUAUAACGGCGGAAGGGAACAUGUCGGAAGCGGUACGAGAUGCUCUGGUGAAGCUGCAAGCUCAGCUCGCUUUAAUUGGCCUAGUGGCUCUCACGCCACUGCUCGUUUUGGUUGCUAUUUUGCGAAAGCUCUUCUCCAAAAUCUUCUGCUGCCAAUCGCCGAAGAGUGUCGUGGGAGAAGUGGCCGUGGUUACAGGUGGUGGUCAUGGUCUGGGAAGAGCUAUUUCCCUGGAGCUGGCCAAGAAGGGGUGCAACGUAGCUGUAGUAGACAUAAAUCUGUCCGGAGCCGAGGCCACAGUAAAGCAGAUCCAGGAAACCCAUAAAGUCCGCGCCAAGGCCUACAAGGGAAAUGUCACUUCUUAUGAAGAAAUUGUUGAGCUAAACACUCAAGUGGUUCGCGAUCUGGGACCGGUUACGGUACUAGUUAAUAAUGCAGGUGUAUUGCUGCUGCGUAAACCAUUGGACCCUGACCCCUCAGAUGUCCAGCUGAUGAUGGAUGUAAAUCUUACGUCGCAUUUUUGGACCAAAGCUGUUUUCCUGCCAAAAAUGAAGGAGCUACGACGGGGCUUCAUAGUAACUAUUGCAUCAUUAGCAGCCGUUUUCCCAUUGGCCUAUAAUUCCGCAUACACAUCCAGCAAGGCUGGAGUUAUGGCUCAUAUGAGGGCGCUACGCUUGGAAUUGGCACUGGAGAAACAAAAGAACAUCAAGGUGACUACCGUGUUUCCCACAUUUCUGCGCACCAAUGACGAGGUUAAGGAGCUGAGCACAAAUAUGGGAGUGCAAACUUUUUAUCCUUUGCUCAGCGGUGAGGAGGUAGCUCGACGGGUUGUCUCCGGGAUGCUGCGGGGCGAGCUGGAGAUUCAUCUGCCGGCGCUGACCGUUAUCAUGUAUAGAUUGCUGUUGGUCCUGCCCGUUGAUUGGCAGGAUUUUAUAGUUCGGAUUAUUGGGUGUCGUUUGUUUAAUUCUUUCCGCGAGAUACAAUGUUGAGGAAAAUUUAAAAAUUUCGGAUUUUGGGAUAAUAAAAAUUAAGUUACUACUUUAA